UUACCUUAUCUUCGAAAACAACUCGCACGAAACGAAUUUAUCGUCGUGAUAGCCUAAUACUUCCUCUGUUUUGAACAGAGUAGUCAAGAGCAAAAACUAUGAGAGUGUCAGUUCGUUUUAACAGAAAGUGGUUUGUUGUUCCAUGCGGGGAAGGCAAAACUUCAAUCCAGUGGCUUAUCGAGGAGACACUUCGACGAGCGUGCGACACACAUGAUUCAGAAAAAUGUGCGAAAGAUUUCGAAGCUACUUUGGCUCAAAGUGGAGGAAGUUUGCAUCCAAAUGAUUCCAUUUAUGAAGUUCUAAACAACAGCGACUUUGUUCAUAUUUUCGGUAAGUAGUUAUUGAUUAAUUAAGUUAAUACCGGCAUGAUGCAAUUUUUGUUUGUCAUAUGAGACGUGUGUUUGACCAAAUGUUCUAUCAUGCCCUUAAAAAGUGAAGCACAGAACGUAACCGAAGGGUUUUCACGUGCAUUACGCUCGCUUCGAACUCGUGCAGCUUUCCAAACAGGUCGUUUGAUCGAGAUUCUCAGGUUUUUAGCAAGUUUCAAGAUAUCGAAUUCUAAUUUCGGUGAAGCAUAUGCCGGACAAAUGAUUUACAGCUCAUUUCAAAUGAAAGAAGCAUUCUUUAAGCAGUCGACGUAAGCUGAUAUAUGUUUAUAGAAAAAAAUCGUAGCUCUGCCUGAAUUGUUGUUUUCAUUAUUGUUCAGAAAAUUUUUAUACACCGGUCGUAAUAAUUCACUGUAUAGUUUAUUGAGAGUUCUUUUCAGAGAUGUACUGAAGUUUAAGGGCUGUUAAUUUUCAGUAAAGGUGACUGUGGUGUUAGCAACCUUAGUGGAGUCAAGUGAGAAGCUUUUUGUGUAACUUAAGUUUGGUUUGCGACUAAGGUUUCAAGUUAUUAUCGAUUGGGUUAAGCAAGAUCAAAUAAUGAUGGUCUAGUAGAGCUUGAGAAGACUGAUUGAUUUUUCUAUGAAACUGACCUAGCAUUGUGUAGUUCCAAUCUGAUGCUAAAGCCAUGCACUGUUUUGCUCAGUCAAUACAUGCCAGUCGUGUAAAUGAGGGGUUUCUUUUAAGUGAUUACGUAUUAAAAACCUUUUGAGCUGAUUCUGUAAAUACUCAAACAAAUUAAAGUAGUUUGACAUUUACAGGAUGUCUACAGCAUGGAUUAAAAAAAAGCUGGUUAUUGGAAGUCUACGGUAACCUGCAAGACCUCUCAUUGCCUUUUGUUAAGCCUGCAAGCAAGUUCUCAUGUUUGGAUUCCACCUUACAACACAGCUGUCUUUUACACUAUCUGUAGCCAUUCAUAAAAAAAAAAAAGGUUCUUGAAAUCUCUGCUAUAGGGCUGUUAGUUAAAUAAUGGUGAAUGAGGAUCCACCAAAUAAUUUGUGAAAUGUUACCAGACUAUUGAACCUGAUACACUACCUAAUACACUGAUCUAUGUAUUUCAACAUACAUCUCCAGACAAUACAAUAUCAAAAGUAACUUGCAUUAAUUCAAGUUAUAUUCAAUCAUGUUUUUUACAGAAAUUGGAGCCACAGGAGAGAAUGACCAUAACUCACCAGAUGUUAUUUUGUAUCUUUGCUACAUUACAUUGAUAUAUAUUUUAACCCCUUAUUCCCUAAUAUCAGCGUGCAAAUUCUCCAUACUGUUCUUUAUGCAUUUCCUAAGAUGCCAAAGGAGAGAUUUUGUGUAAUCAGGAGCUUCUUUAGUUGGCCAUCAUUUCCUUUACUCAAGUGAGCUUAAUAUGUGAUUCAGGGGUGAUAUUGUAAGGAGAAAUUAGAUGCUAGUCACUCUUAGGAGUCAACAGGCUAAUUGAGUUUUUGUUUGCUUGUUUAGAUGAGGCCUCAGUGCACUUUAUUUUGUGCAUAGAAUGUUUGAUUAAGUUCUAUAUGCUACUAAGGACAUAGUAUCUUAGUUUGAAAUGGAUUCUGUACCAAGAGUUCCUGGUUCUGAUUCAUGUCAAUUUGUGAUGCUUCACUCUGACAGGGUCCUCCUUCAUUCAUAAUUUUAACUAGAUAAAAAAUAACAUUCUGCAAGUUAAAACUGAAGGAAUAACCUGUAAUGGAUUACAUAUGGGGCCAAUCCAUAAGUUUGUCUCUGCUGGGUGGGGAAGGCCUGGAUGGGGGAAGCCUUUGGUGGAGAGGAGGGAGCUGGAUGAAUCAGGGUCCUAGCUUCUUGUUAUUUCCACUGGGGUGGAGGAGGGCAAGACCCAGAUGGGCAAAGCCUUGGGUGGAGAGAGGAAUCCUGGUGGUACUAACACCAGCAUCUUUUAUGGAUUUAUGACCAUACCAGGAUGUUAUGUUUUCAUGAAUGAUUCCUUUUUUCUAGAUCAGAAAUUUUUUUUGAAAUAAAGGGGGUGCAUUCAUUUUUCAAUGUAGCUAUACAAGACUGUUUUAUGGCUGUAGGAGGAGUUGGAACUUAACUUCAUAAAAUUUUGCAAAAGUGGAAAGGUGGAAAAGGCUUUGGAACAUGAACAGGUAAACUGAAUACUCACCAAAACUACUUGAUUGGAAAAAUCGUCUAUUAAAAAUAAACGAUUGAUUUAAUAUUAUAUUUUAAAUAAAUCAUUUGGUGUACAGUGCUAUUAACUCAGUUUCUCCUUAUUUGUAACACUCGUAGAAAAGAAGUCAAAUGAUGCAAAUGUACACUUUGUGGGAAACAAAGCGAAAUACAAAAAAAGCUAAUAAUACUAUUUAACUUGUGAAGGAGUAAAGAAAUGACCAAAAAAGACAAAGAAACGAAAUGAAUGUGGUUUACAAACGCGAAACGAUCACCAGUUUGUUAGUGCCUAUCUAAUUAUAAGUGACUAUGCUCGCGGAUACUUUCCCGUCAACCUUUUUAUAUUAACCUUGCAGUUUGUAGAGCUUGAUGGCUGUUCGUUGUCCACUGAAACUCUUGUUGCUUUGGGAAACGGCGAAUUUAAAAUAAAGGUAUGUUUAAGCUGCAUAUAGCAGAGUUUCAUUAAAACUCUGUUAACGGUGGCCUACCGCUUCAUACAAGAUCACUUACCGCCGUUCGUUUAGCAGGCGAGCAAGUUUCUCUUAUUUGGGUUUCGUCUUACAAGCCGUGCCUAUUAAACCUCUGGCAGCUACUUAUCGAAAAAGCUAUUUACGCCCUUGCCAUAUGGUAGACUUGUUAACGGAACCUUCAGCGAUUGGAAAUUCUUGUGAGAAAAUUUUGUAAAGCUCUUUGUCGGAAAGAAAUGGUAAUUAACGUUUUAAGUUGCAGUUGCUGUUAUUGUUUUUUUGGGGAAUUUUUUUUAUAUUGAGCCGAUGAACUUUGUGUGCGAUUUUUGGAUUCUUUCAUCUUUAGACAUCGGCUGUCGGCAUUCCCAAGAUUAAUGUUUCCCAAUUAAAAAAAAAAAAAAGAAAGAGUUCGUUGUCUGUGGUCAUGGUUAUUAUUAAGAACUGCUAUAUAUAGUUUCGUCGUGAGAAAGUUUUUUUUUUUACCAUUUAGAUUAGCGGAACUAUUACUAAAAGGUAAUUUUAAGUAUUUAAUCGUUUGCUAACAGAGCUGUUUCAAUACUGAUCUAAAUCAAAAGAAAAUAAUGUCCCACUAUUUUCUGCAGCCAAAAUAAAGAUCUAUGUUGCAUGUUUAUGUGCUUGUUUUUACUUUCUCGUCGUUCUCCUUUUUGCUUUCUUGUUUACUCUUCUUUGUUUCUUUGUUUGGUUGGUUGGUUCCCUUUCAGCUUUCGAAAGAAGCUGAAAAUGCGGUGAACAAAUCAAGGGGAUUAUUGGACGACAUUGUUCGAGAAAAUAAAGGUAAUUUUCUCAGCAUCGCGUAUUAUAACUAGUUGUUUUAAUCGUGGUUCAAAGAGAUUACCUCACACAAUAACGAGGGGUAAAUUUGGAAACGUACCAGCUAGACACUUACAGGUAUUUACAGGAAUUUAUGAUAGGCAACAAAGAAAAUCAUCUGGAGGUGCGUACACUCUUUCAAAAGCCCAAAACAUGGCAUUAUCGCACGGCUCAGUUGGCACAGAUUCAUUGCAUCAUUGACAAACAAUCUAUUCCUGCAAGUGUUCCUUCGUUUGCGCGGAAUUCGCAGGUCGUAACCACUGUAUUUAGAAAGUUUGUUUCGCCUUACGGGAAGAUGAAUCAUACAUAGAUUUUUUCCCCCGUUGGCCAGCAAGGGACUGUCACAUCUAAAUCUCUCAUUCACUCUGUAGUCGGUUGUCCUAUUUCUCGUCAGUUACAUGUAUUUUCUUUUCUCGAGACCCUCGCCGUAUCCAAAUCUUUACAGAGUAAAUUAUAGAGUUUUAAUGGAGUGGAGAACUUAAAGUCAACCAUUUUUAAACUCGUCUGACAGAUCGUGUGGUCAGUUUUAAUUUCUUAACUCUAAUGAUUUUUUAUUGUAUCCCCUAUUUAGUGGCGUAUGGCGUGACAACGGGCUUCGGAAUGUUUGCAAGGGUAGUAGUCCCUACAGAAAAACUUGAGUGAGUAUCAUUCGUCUGAAAUACCCACUUCAGAUUGAAAGAGAUUACACAAUAUCGUAUUAUUCGUUCACUACCAUGGCGUGGUAGGGAACAAAUAAUAUCUUCCCAGCUGUGAGAGUUCUGAAUUAACAGGCAAGUUUUGUUUCUCUCAAUUUCCCUUUGCCCACCUGUUGAAAAAUCCUUUUCUUCACGCUAUAUUUAUUGAUUGAUUACUACCCUGUUACGUUUUUUUUUUAAGGGAACUGCAAGAGAAUCUCAUAAGAUCGCACGCUGCAGGUAAUAGAGUACUUUAGAAUUAUUGCUCACGUGAAUAUAAAGAUACGCGAGCUCUGAUUGGUCGAGAACUACCCACCCUGCGUGGGUGAGUAUUUCAAGAUCAUGGACUUACCAGGUUCGCUGUUAUUUUAGUUUCUUGAACAAGGCACUUCCCUUUGACGGUUCCCUUUCUUUACCUAGUUCACACCACAGAACUUGUUGUUUAUGAGGCACGUUUUCCUCAACCUUAGGUGUGGGCAGACCCUUGUCAACGAAGCACACAAGGAUGCUGUUUGCUCUGAGGAUUAACGUUUUAGCGAAAGGCCACAGGUUGGUGGAACGUGCUUUGCGCGCUUGAACUUGUUUUGCUGAUACGUUUAACUCUGCAAGGCAACGGAAGUAACAAGAUCCGCUUGCAGUUUUGCAAAGGAUUGUAAUUAAACAACCACGCGUGUGAUACUAACAAGCGAUCUUCUACCUAUGGAUGGAAUAACGCGAUCGUUUUGCGUAUAUGUUGUUUGAUAAAGUGAUUCCUCGUUGACGGGGACGUUGACGUUGACUUUGAUUCCUACAUCGGUGUUUUUCCAUCGCCUGGUUGUAUUCUACUCAAGGCAACUUAGUUUGUUUUUGUUUUUGUUUUUGUUCAUGUUUCUGCUUAUGUUUCUAUUGUAUUUUUGUUUGCUGGUUUGUUUUCUUUUUUGUUUGUUUUUUCGCUUUUGUCUUUUGGACUGUUUGCUUUUGUGAGCAACUGAACGACUCGAUUACAAAGACAGUGGAAAAUAUUUAAAUCGCAAAAUUCUUUGCUUGUGGCAAAAAAUACGUAAAGGUCAUUCAGUGUAAUUCAAUUGAGUGCAUGCACUUGAGUUGGCGAAACCCCUCCCUCCCCCCCCCUCCUUCACCAUUAAUACGCCCGCCGCCUUCGCUGCACGUCAGUUACGCACUUGACUUUUGUGCCUCUGUUAAUUUUCAGUGGAGUCUCACUCAAGACUUUAAAUCAGAUUGUGGCAGCCUUUAAUGGUAAGAGGAGUAAUAUAUUUUCAUAAACAGCAGCGUAUAACCUUUCGACGCCUUUGUUGGUUCUAAGCUGUUCUUAGACUGGUCAUGCUUUACCCUUUGACUGCCAGAAAUGAUCAACAUAUAAAUUCUUCAUAGAACAUUCAGACAUUAUCAAGCAAACAGGUUAUGAGAAUACUCAAACUUAUCAGGUAGAAUUCGCAAUCUUGAUCUUGAAGGAAAUGUAUAUAAGCUAGAGGGGAGAAUUAACAAUCAGAUCUUGGGACUGGGACAAGCUUCGGUUCGAUGGCCCACCCAGGUUUAGUGCAGACCUUACCUCUCACCUUCAGUAUUAGCUCCAAGUCUUGCACGUUUACGCAAACCCCUCUCACACUCUCUAUUAUCAGAGUCAUGUCUCCCAUGGAUUCCUGAGCAGGGUACUGUGGGGGCAAGCGGCGACUUAGCCCCUUUAGCUCAUCUGGCGCUUGGUUUACUGGGGGAUGGGCAGAUGUGGAGUCCUAAAAGUGGCUGGGCGGACGCGGCUUUGGUAAGUGAAAGAAAUGCAGGAGCUUUUUUAAAAAAAUUUUGAUUGUAGUGAAGCUUAGGUUUUUCCAUGUAAGCACCUUGAAAAAGUGAUUGAAGUGAUGAUAAUAAUUAUGCGAUAAAUCACGAUUUCUAUCGGUUUACCGGCCAAUAAGCCACACUGGAUGUUGGGAGAACACUCGACAAGUAAGUAAACAACGAGGCGCAGCCGAGUGGUUUACAACUUUUAUUACUUACAAACUUUUGUUAUUUACAAACUUUUAUCAGUUGUUUAUUAGCCGUUAAACCGAUAGAAAGUGUGGUUCAUUGCUUCAUUAAACUGUAUUUUAAAUAGAAAAUUUGAUAAUUUGGAAAAAUAAAAUCUUUGUCUGUGACUUUGGCGUUCAAAGUGUCCUCUUUGUUUCCUCCAAACCAAAGGCCUUUACAAAUUAAAAUCUGGGAAUUCGCUCCGUUUUGGCGCCAUUUUGAAGGACGGAGGAUGUUUCAGUUUUCUAUGGGUAUACAGGCAAAUAUACGAUAGAAUACGAUAUUUAUGAUAGCAAUUACCACGGUAGUAAUAAUAAUAAUAAGUAAUUUUUUUUUAUCAUUUGAACGCGUCGAAGCUAAGCAAUUUCUGUAUGAUAUAUGACGAUGCCUUUGUUUCAUAUCUGGCCUAGAUCAACACCCUUGACUAAGUUUUAUCACAUCUGUAAUUUGAAACACCCUGAAAUUCGUCUACAGUACUUCGUUUGCACUUCACUGGUAUUUCUUCUUCCGUGUUUGAAAUGAAAUGCCACACUUGGAGUCGAGUUUAUUUUUGUGCAGUAAUUAAGUCUUUAUAACAGAGUUAUUGAGGAGUAAUGUUACCUUGUUGUCAUGGCAGGUCCUAAAGGCUUAUGGAUUGGAGCGUUUACAGCUGCAACCUAAAGAAGUAUGUUAUUAUAGUUUUGUUAUUAUUAUAUCUUUUUAAAAAGAAGUUGAUUUGUUAGAUGUUUUUUUCCUCCCCAGGGACUUGCUCUGAUUAACGGUACUCAGCUGAUAACGUCUCUUGGUGCUGAAGGUAAAUCUCGUAAACACUUAUUUCCCCCCUCAGAUGUUGUGUUUUAUGCCGUAAGUUCCAUUGGCAAGCUGAAGUAGGUUCACGUUCGCCUGGGGCACAUUUUGGUUGAGUGUUUUAAAACCCAAGUUAAAGUAAUCACAUUGGCCAAUAAGAGCAAAUUAAAGGAUGAUAUUGCAAAGAGCCAAUGAGAGCUCAAAGAGCAAGCACGUAAACUUCUUGAAGGGCGGGAAAACGCGAGGGCGAAUGCGCGAUUGUUUUUAAUGUGCGUCUGAUUGGUCGAGCCAAAAGGUUUGCGCGCGUUUUGAAGCCAAUCAAUGGGUGGACUAACGCAAAAUGCACUCAAUCCUUUGAACUUUCGCCAGUCAAGUGAAAGUUACGUCAGCGACUUAAACAUCGGGGAAAGUUAAAGAAACGAACUUGGAGUAUUUGGGGUCGCUCAUGAACGAUUAUGGAAAGAACAAGAUAAGUCGAAGACCGGAUCAUAUAUCUAACCAAAUAUGCAGAUUUUGGCACAGUGAGACAUGUCAAAAAAAAAAAAGAUGAUUUCCAAAUUUUCUUUUUCUUAUGUUUACUUAGCCGUGGAACGUGCUCGAAUGAUUGCGAGGCAGGCCGACAUAAUUGCCGCCAUGUCGCUUGAAGUAUUGAAGGGAACUACACGAGCCUUUGAUGUUUGUAAGUAUAAUAAUACUUCAAAACCAAGGAAAGUUUGAGUGGAAUGAUUUAUCGUGUCAAUACUAGAAACAUUUUGUGAGUCUUGACAUAACGCUAUCAGGUCAAUGUCACUAUCUGCGCAACUACGCACCUGCUCCUCCCUUAGUCUAAAAACAGUCAGAUGAUAACAAGUAAGGAUUAUGUUGCGUUAGGAGAGGAGUAUGUGCGCAAUUCACCAGAACCUAACAUUGAUCCGCGAUAUCUUAUUGUCAUUCUCGUCAUAAGCCAAAGGCCAAAACGGGACACAUAAAUAAGUUUCCUUUGUUUAUUUGUUUGUUUUUUUACAGUACAAAAUGGCUUCAUGGGGUUCAUAAUCGUCGAUAAGUUGUUCUUUAAUAAUCUGACUGUCUAUUUUAGACGAUUGUUUUCCUUGUAAACCGCCAUAGAGACUCAGUUAAAACAACAGGAGCAAGAGGUGGAGUUGUGAAGAAGGAGAAUAUGAGAAGGAUUAAGAGUGUUUUUUUUUUUUAUAUUGUUGACUGUCGUAGGGGGAUAAUGGGGACCUUAAGCAGUCUGGUCGGCAACGCCAAGGAAGCCUUCGAUUAAAAAAUGUAUUUCUGCCUUAAAUUAGAAUUUAAAAAAUGGCUGCAUUUGUUUACCGUCUCAUACGGCGCCACACCUCAACUUCAGCAUAACGUAUAGAAGAAGCGUUGAGUUCCAAAUGGAAAUUAAAAUAAUUUGCCGUCGCGGUUUCGCUUCGCAGACGACGCAGAUUGUGGACAUUUCACGUUGUUGUUUUGCAUAGGACGGCUAAGAAAUGUACAAAGUUUUAAAACGCACGUGCUGAGCUAUUGUUCUGUCAAUUAGUUCUUUUGUUUUGCCAUGUCCUCGUUGCCGACACCGUCGUGGUUUGCUUAAGGUCUCUAGUAAAUGGAAAUAUACGGGAUCCGAGCUACUAGAGGAAAAUCAUAGACGAAUGCAAAUUCUAACUGAAACUCGUUCCAAUCCUCAGAAGUUCACAAAACCUGAUUCACAUUCUACUUUAUUGGGGUCGUAUCAUUUCGUGCAUGGCAUUUUAAGAAUGAAAAAAAUUACCUAGCUGCAAGUUCUGCAUGAAAUUGUUUUGAUCAAUUUAUCUGAAAUCUUCAGUAAUCCAACAAGUGCGCCCACACGUUGGCCAGCGUCGAGUCGCUGAGAGGCUGCGCUCUCUUCUUCAUUCAAGUGUGUAUCCGUCAGAGAUAGCAGGCAAGUAUAGACCUCGCGUUAAUUUAGUGAAGUUGCUGUUUUAAACUGAUGAGCAGCAACCCUUGUUCGGUUGCCUUGGGCGAAUGCCAGAAAAAAUUGGGUCAGACAUUUUAGAAAUAACUGUUAAAGAUUAGAUUUUCUUUUUGAAAUAUUUCUCCCAAUAAGUUCUCAAGUAAAUCUCGAAAUGAUUUUCCCGAUUUAGUUUCCUAGCCCUAGGGUGUUCUUUUUGGCGACCCGUUAUGCCUGGAAAUGACCAUAACGAUACAUUAGGUUUUAUUCUCGUCUCUUAACAAGUGAGUUAUUCAUGCUUAUCUUAUUUUAUUAGAGAGUCACAGGUUCUGCAACCGCGUCCAGGACGCGUACACUUUACGCUGCUGUCCGCAGGUACGAGGCCUUACCCAUAGACUCACUAGUCACUUUCAUUGAAUUAUUUCGCGCUAUAUAAUGGCAAUGAUACAUAAAUAAAGGAAUAUUAACGGUGUCAAUAUACAAAAUAAGACGAAAUUUCUAAAUAUCAACGCCAAUGAAUGGUUUUUUCAUAUCUUUUUGAGGUCGAUGGGCCUGAGUUUAGCGCAUGAGAAUUCCGACAUUUCCAAGUGUAAACAAGACAUAAGACUACUUACUGGAAAUGUCUGAAACUUAUUUCCUCUAGCGCGUCAUUUUUCGUUUAUUCUGUAGGUCCAUGGGAUCGUGAAUGACACCAUCGAUUUCGUACAGGAUGUGAUCACAACUGAAAUGAAUAGUGCCACAGACAACCCAGUAUCCUUCAAUUAGUAAAGUCGUCUUUAUAGGCGCGCAACGAGUGCAGAGGCCUUUAGAUGCUUGAGAAUUAGAAUAAAAAAUCCAAUACGAGUUAAGGUUACUUUUGUGUUGGGGGAGGGGUAGGUGCGCAGUUUUUCAAAUACUGAUAUUGACCUGAAAAGUUUUGAAUGUGGCAAAAACAAAGUAUUUCAAGUUAUAAACUUAAUUCAUGUUGAUUAGAUUGUCUUUGCUGAUCGGGGCGAGAUCUUGUCCUGCGGAAACUUUCAUGGUGAAUAUCCGGCCAAGGUAUCAUCUGAAAUGUCCUUUGUUUGUUUUAUACUUUUGUCCCACUUGUGCACAGAUUUUAGUUUUGCUUCAUUUAAAGUCUUUUUUUGGGUUUUUUUUUUAAUUUGCCGUUGUUAUCGUUUGUUUCGUGGUGCUUGUGCUUUUUUUCCCAUGCUUUGAUUCAAUUGUUUUUUUGUUGUUGUUGUUGAUGCGAACUUAUGGUAUGGGCCUAAGGAGACUGGGGUAACGUAUCCUGUCUCGUUCUUGUCUCGUCUCGUCUCAAUCCUUUCUCGGCCAUACUUCAUGCCUUGUAUCGAUGCAAAAAACAAACAUACAAAUUAUCCAACUUUCGAACUACCCAAACAAAAAAACACUUUUUUGAAUACUUAUAGCUUAGUUAUUAUUAUCAUCAUCAUCAUUAUUAUUAUUAUUAUUAUUAUUUUCGUCGACUAGGUGUUAGAUUAUCUGGCAAUAGGUGUCCAUGAGUUGGCUAACAUGAGCGAAAGGAGAAUAGAACGACUCGUAAAUCCAGGUAAGAAUUGCAAGUGAAACUGUUUGUGGGAGUUUAAGGAUAACAGUCGUUUCGAUUCAGUUUUCAGAAAUUAUGUUGUAAGAAAUGUAUGUAGACCAUCUGGAGAAUUGUUUUUGAAAUCUUGGGAAUGAAAGGGUGAGAUGUGGAGUCCUGUAAAAGUCCUUGAAAUUUGAUUCUGAAAAAGGGGAACGAAUCCUGUUAAACUAUAUUAUAUCACUUCGGAACGUUGCUGUAAACGAUUUUGUUUGUCUUUGCAGCCCUGAGUGAGCUCCCAGCAUUUCUUGUUAAGGAAGGAGGUUUCAAUUCCGGUAAUAUUUUCUAAACUGCAUCAUAUCUCGUAAGAGAUAGCUGGACCGACCGGCUGACGAAGGAAUAGAACACUGGAAAGUCUGACAGAAUGAACGACUGAUCGAUCACCUGACUUGCUGACAAAAGCUAUUAGUGAUUCAACUGACUGAUAGACUGAAAAACUGGUAAAAACUAUUUAAAUGGGGUGAGAUAAAAUAAAUAGGGAAGAUGGCAUCACUAUAUAGACUUUCAGACGACAGUGGAUCUCAUAAUUCAUAACUUGGGUCGUUAUUGUUUGUUUUAUUAAUGUGGUUAUUGUUAUUGCUUUGAUGGAAGUUAUAAUAAUAAGAAAUAAUAAUAAUAAUAAUAACAAGUAUUAUAAUUAUUCUCAUUGUCAUUAUCAAUAUCAGUAUGGUUAUUAAUAUGGAUUACAUCAUUAUUAUAUAAACAAUAAAUAAUAAAUAAAAGAUAUAUUACAACACCAGCGAAAAUCGAAAUUAUUAAAACUCCUGAAAAGAGACAAUCUUAAAGUAACUACGAAAGGCCUUUUUAAAAAGAGACGUCUUUUUGAGGUCUUUUUUUUAAAAACGGACACUGACGCACCAUUUUAAACGUCAUAUAGCAAAACAUUCCAUAGUGUCGGGCAGCCACAGAGAAAGAUUUUUCGCCAUAAGUUUAUUGUAUCAUCAUUGUCAUUAUCACCGUCAUUACUAUUAUUAUCAAUAUCAUUAUCAUUAUUAUUGUUAUUAGUAUUAGUGUUAUGGCUAUUAUUGUCAAUGUUAGUAUCACUACCAGUAAUAUCAUUAGUCUUACUGUGUGUUCAAUUUUUGAUUUACCCCCCUUAGGUUUCAUGAUGGCACACUGUACGGCUGCAUCUUUAGGUAGGAGAUAUGAUUCUAAACAAGUUUAAUGAUAACUUUGUUUUUUUUUUUUAUAAAUAUAUAUAUUUUUUUUAUUUGGUUGACUUCUGAGUCCUUUUAGUUUCAGAGAAUAAAGUCCUUUGCCACCCCUCCUCAGUUGAUUCGUUGUCCACAUCUGCUGCCCAAGAGGAUCACGUGUCUAUGGGAGGAUUUUCCGCCAGAAAAGCUCUUAACGUGGUUAAAAAUGUUGAAAAAGGUGUGAAUGUUGUGGAUGUCUCGCACAAUGCAUUUCGAGAGAAAGGAAACCGCUGAUCGCCAUGCAUGGCAUAGCGAUAUUAACGUAGUGGCAGUUGUGAUAUUGUGUUUGCUGAAAAGCGAAGGGAAUGUUGUUCCCAAAUGCAGAAUGUUGCACAAACAACCACGUCUUCGAUCCUUACGUAAUAAAUGAACUAAAGAAUAAUCAACGGGCACUCGUAACUUUGGAAAAAACCCUUUGAGUUGAACUCGAGAAGGGAAAGAAGAUACAUUUUGUUCUAUUUAGUAUACAAACACUAUGGGCCUGUAUUGACACAAAAAAUAAAUUUUAUUAAUGAUUGAAAAGAAAAAGGAUCAUAAUCCGCGAAAAAAAUGGUAAAGUGCGUGUCUUGGUUUCCUGCGCUUCUAGUAAAAUUUGAAGCGCUACAAAUUUUACGUGCUGUCAGCAGCCAUAAUUGGUAGAGCAUCGCAUAUCAAAAUGAAAGUGUUUGAGAUUAUUAAGAUUAUUAUUAUUAUUAUAUCAUCAGUAUUAUUUUGAUAAACCCUGCCAUUGUUGCUUUUUUUUGCUUUUUUCAGUCCUUGCUAUUGAAUUGUUGGCGGCUUGUCAAGGAAUCGAGUUUUUGCGGCCAUUGAAGACAACAGAACCAUUAGAAGCUGUUCACUCAUUGGUUCGGAAAGUUGUAAAGUAAGUUUUAUUCAAUUUACUUUAAAGUGCAUCUCUGCCUUGAAUCCUGAGACCAAAAAGAAAAUAAUUACAACGUUAAAUUAGAACAAAGUAAAAUACUUAAGUUACGUGUCAAUGGCAAAAGCAAACAAUCAAGUUACGAUUGGUUCAAGUUUCUCACGACAUCUCUACACCAAUCUCCAGGUUAACAAUAUUUUUCUUUCAGGCCGUGGGAUAAAGACCGUUUCAUGGCGCCCGACAUAGAGGCUGUGUUGAAGCUUGUGAAGAAAGGAAAGGUAUGUGCAAAAGUUUAUUCUCGAGCAGACUGAAAACAAACAGGCUCUAUAGUGAUUCAGUGAUUGACUCAAGGAUGAAAGCAGUUGGUAUGCAUCCACCAGUGUCCUAUCACAAUCUUAUUGACAACGCUUCUCUACUUAACAAUUAGAUUAUGGGCUUUAGAUUUCUAUUGCGAGAUUGUUGAUAAGGGCAAAGCCCGAAUCAAACAUCGCACAUAGUUUGAUCAUUUUUUCGUGCGUUUGUUUUUGGUAGGUUGAUUAGUUCUUUUUUUUUUUUGUUGUUGUUUUUUCCUCAAAAAAAAAAAAAAAAAAAAAACUAUCAUUGAUCAUGAAUAAGAGAUGGUCCUCAUGUGCUGUAAAUGUUAGGUUUCCUGGCACUAGGCCUAGUCUCUGCCGAGGGUUGUCAUUCGACACUAGGUCAAACCUCGGCGCACAUGUGUUUUUAUCACUUGAUAUUUUCGCCUUUAUUUUUCGAAUGAGGAUCAUUUAACUAGAUUCAUAUCGAAGGAAUAGAACAUCACGGAACCAUUACGGACAUUGUGGCAAUUUUCAAAGUUACAGACAAGGACACUUGCUUGUUUGUAAGGAUUUCUCAUACGGUAUUGUAUUCGAACAGUGUGCUGAGCGUAGUUGAUCGGAUCGACUAAAACGUGUUACUGACACUGAAUUCACGGCUGUAAUAUGAUCCUCAUAUGCUGUAUACCAUUUCCCCUUCGAAUUUCAUAUGUCUCCGAAAGGUAUUUACAAGGGUGUAGCUAUGACUAGAAGCGUCGUCUACUAAAUGGUAAAGAGAACCUUCCGAGGCAUGUAAAAAUGACUUUUUGUCUUUUCCACUUGCAGAUUUGGGAAGUGGCGUCACCAUUUAUGACGCAUUACCAAAGCACCGCCAGAUGUCAACAGGAGCUCCCAACUAACAUUAUGUCUCCUACUGCAAGUACUCUAUCGGUUGACACUCCUCCCCUUAAGAAGAUCAAGCUAAAUAAUGAAUGAAAUGGACGCUUACCAGCGUCGUGUGCGUUGCGUAUAGUGGAAAUGCUUUCUUCUUCUUUUGUGAUCAAAUCACAGAUAACUUGUAAAUAUCAUUACUUGCUGCCUCUGAUUUUAAUGCGCCGUUUAGCGUGUGAGGCGAAAAAAAUUGGAAAUAUACAGAGCAAAAAGCAGACAUGGGCAUGCGCUCUCAGUAAUUUAGCAAUAUACUUUAUUCGCGUUCUCGUUGGUCCCUUUUGGUCAUGUGUUAGAUUGCACUCUCGGUGCUGGCCAAAAGAUAAGCAGGCUCUGAAGACGAGAUUGACAUCGCAUAGCAAACUACAUGUUAAUUGAAUAUUUUGUUGUGAUGUCUUAGACAUUACUUGGUUUUGUCUACUUGUGCAUCGGUUACGAGUAAUUUAGAAUGUUUUCAAAAUUCAUUUACAGGCGAGAAAUAUGGUUUUAUGGAAAAUAUUAAUUUAUUUUAAAAUUGAAUGAAGAAUUCUCAUUUAUUUACUCAAUUCUUGACUUCUAGGUUGAGUUAAUUCUCAAGUCGCAAGAAAAAUAUCUGAAUCGUAGUGUUGUGGUUUUUUGUCGUCGAUAGAUGUUAAGUUAACACUUUGUCAAACUUUCAAGUAUUACCUAUCCUGACAGAAGCUCUUUGGCUGGCUAAGGUUUUUGUUAAUAUUAUUUAUAAGAUAUGUUUAUUCCCGUUAUGUGAAAAGAAAAAAAAUUCAUAAAACACAACUCCU